AUGACGACUUCUCAAGCUAAAUUGAUACUGCUCGUAGCAAUGUUUACUCCAACACUGCUCAUAGGAGACACCCAACGGAAGGUCGGUUAUCCACCGCAUAUUCUCACACGCUUUCACAUGGAUCAUCUCUUUCUCACUAGGCUGAUGUCGAAUGCUGAUUCCACCAAUCGUAACUCCUUACAGUUUCAGCAACAACACCUCCGUCUGUUGCUGCACGCCAAUUGCUGCCGUCAAGUCAGGAGGUUAUCCCAGCCUUGCGAUUUCCCCAAUUGUAGUGAAGGCUGCGACUUGCUAGCCCACAUGGAAAAGUGUAGAAGGAGGAAGGAUUGUGACACGGCUUACUGCACGGUGUCAAAAAAUCUAAUUACGCAUUGGCGGAAAUGCACUGAUGAGGAGUGUAUUGUGUGUGCACCUUCUCGCAGGCUUAUUCUUCUAUCAAUGUAA